CUACAAACAAGGACAUCCGUCUCCCUACGACUCUCUUUUACAUCACCAACGACACAACCCCCGCUCCAACCGUCAACAUGAAGAUUUACAAGGACAUCCUCACCGGUGACGAGCUCAUCUCCGACUCGUACGACCUCAAGGAGGUCGGCGGUGUCGUCUUCGAGGCCGACUGCGCCAUGAUCGAGCUCGGCGCCGUCAGCGUCAACACUGGUGCCAAUGCUUCCGCCGAGGAGGCCGAGGAGGCUCUCGAUGACGACGUUGUGAAGGUCAACAACAUUGUCAACUCUUUCCGCCUCCAGUCCACCUCCUUCGACAAGAAGGGCUACCUGUCCUACCUCAAGGGCUACAUGAAGGCCGUCAAGGCCCACCUCCAGGAGACUGGUGCCUCUGCUGAGGAGAUCACCAAGUUCGAGAAGGGCGCCCAGACUUACGUCAAGGAGACCCUCCUCCCCAACUUCAAGGACUGGGAGUUCUACACUGGCGAGUCCAUGAACCCCGACGGAGCCAUCGUCCUGAUGAACUACCGCGAGGACGGCGUCACCCCCUACAUUGUCGUCUUCAAGCACGGCCUCAAGGAGGAGAAGGUUUAAAUAGACUUUUUGUUCUGUCCCGCCGUCCCUCCCGCCAAAGUCCUCCGGCAGAAGAAGACUCUCCAUAUCUCAUAACGUAGUCCACGAAAUUCCGCCCUUCGAUAACGAGAAGAGCAAACUCUCACCAUCAUGGCGCCGCCUGGUCAAGCACCAGUGAUGAAUCGCCCAUCUGCCUUGACAUAUACCUCAUGAGACCCGUAGCAAAGCAAAAAAAAGUCGUGUCGGUGGCGUUUUGCCGCUGAUGCAUAAUUUC